AAUUUUCGAGGAUAAAUCUCUCGCCCUUGAUAGCCAACCUCCCGAGUCCCGCCCCAACCCCUUCAGACAAAAACUAAUAAUAAUAAAAAGACGGAGGACGAGGAGCCCCUGUUUUGCAAUAGUUUGUUGUGUUUUUUUUUUUUUUUUCAAAUUUUCUAGAUCGGCGAUACUGGUAAGCGUUCGAUUUUUCUCUUCAUGGUCACUACAAGAACCUACAUUGUCCUUAUCGGAUCCGAUCCGAAAUUCAGAAAGCUAACAAACGAAUCUGAAUUCGACUGGAACCGGGAUUUGAGGCCGUUUUCUUUGGUUCCCAUUCAUUUUUCGCUGGAUGCCUAACAUUCUUGUUUUCCGGCUUUGUUUGAGUCCGCAUUGAAUGCGGAUUGCGGUGUGUUAUUCUUUACGGAUCUGACUGGAGCUUCCCUCGAUUGCUGCGGUUGGUUUAAUCCACUGUGACUUGGUUGAAUGCGGAUUGCGGUGUGUUAUUCUUUACGGAUCUGACUGGAGCUUCCCUCGAUUGCUGCGUUUGGUUUAAUUCACCGUGACUUGAUUGCUUUGGUGAUUGAAAUUGUCGUUUUGAUUGGCAUUUCUGUAUAUUAAAAAGCUAGUCUCAUUUGGUAUUUCCCUGGUUUAAUCUUGCGAAACCCGAGAUGGAUCCUUUAUCUACGAUCAGCGAAGAGCUUGCGGAGAUUGACGGACAAAUCGGCGACAUCUUCCGAGCAUUAUCAAAUGGAUUUCAGAAGUUGGAGAAGGUUAAGGACUCUAAUAGGCAAACUAGGCAGUUGGAAGAACUCACAGAAAAGAUGCGCGAGUGUAAGAGGCUUAUCAAAGAGUUUGACAGAGAAGUCAAGGAUCUGGAGAGUAGAAAUGAUCCUGGCACUAACAAGAUGCUGAAUGAGAAAAAACAGUCAAUGAUCAAAGAGUUGAAUUCUUAUGUUGCUCUCAAAAAGCAAUAUGCAUCCAAUCUUGAAAACAAGCGAAUUGAUCUCUUUGAUGGGGGUACUGAAGGACAUGGGGAAGAAAAUGUCUUGCUAGCUUCGUCCAUGACAAAUCAACAGCUAGUAGAUAGUGGAAACCGGAUGAUGGACGAUACUGAUCAAGCUAUUGAGAGGUCAAAAAAGGUUGUUCAUGACACUCUCAAUGUUGGAACUGAGACUGCAGCAGCCCUAAAGGCUCAGACUGAACAAAUGAGUCGGGUUGUCAAUGAGCUGGAUUCUAUUCAUUUCUCAAUCAAGAAAGCUUCUCAACUUGUGAAGGAACUUGGUAGGCAGGUUGCAACUGACCGGUGUAUCAUGGCAUUACUCUUCCUUAUUGUCAUUGGAGUAGUAGCCAUUAUUAUUGUUAAGCUUGUGAACCCAAACAACAAGGACAUCCGGGAUAUUCCUGGUUUAGCCCCGCCAGCGAUGACUCGGAGAUUACUUUGGAAUGCUAGUUAAAUGUUAGAAAGGGAUUAUCACACGAGGUUGAGGAUGAUUUUACCAUCUCAUUGGAUGGACGGAUGCAGUUGGCGGCACCCAUUAAACAGAAUUGGUCUAUUUGAGUGGUGGAUUCAUAAGUUUUCUCAAGAGUUUGGUCAACUUUCCUGAGUGCUAGGUAGUCCCUCAAAACUGUCGCUUAUUAGGUUCGAUUAGAAGUGUUCUAUUUGAUUAUUUAUUUGCCUUGACUAAAAUAUAAUUUGUAUUCAACAGAAACUCAAAAAUGUGUAGAUUUUGUUGUUUCAAACCAUGUAUUGUUACACUUGUAAGACUGUAUUGGUCUGCUA